CCCAAAACGCCCACAUUAGCACCUAAUGAGCGUGACCAUGGACCGUGACAAGGGCGAGGUCACCGUCUUCCUGCCUGAGCUUUACAUCUGCAUCCUGGAACAGACCAGACCAGAGGAGCAGUGCCAUCAAAACAUCAACUCAUGGGGCAGUCUUUGCAGAAACAUUCUCCACCCAAGCUGUUCCCUGGAGACAUUGUGGAGUAUCCCCGGAACAAAUACUUCUCCCACUUUGCGGUCUACUACGGCGAGCGGGAUGGUGUUCGCUAUGUGGCUCACCUGACAUCCAGAGAUUCUGACUCCAAGCUUGUGCUCUUUGGACGGGCCCUGAGGUCAGAAGUCAAAUUGGAUCCGAUGGAACUGCUGGGAAAGAAUUACAAGGUCAACAACAUGCUGGAUGAUUGCAUCCCGGCCAGAGAUUUCCACAAUGUUGUGAAACAAGCCAUUGACAACAUGAUGGGACAGGAAGUGACUUUUGACAUCUUGUUCCACAACAGCGAGCACCAAGCAACGUUCUUCAGAUAUGGAGUCAAGAAGUCAGAGCAGGUUAAAAGCUGCUGUACUUCCACCAUCUCGAUCAUAUGUGUUUCAUGGCAACAUAAGAGCAUGGAAUUAAAGUUGGAUUUGUAUCUGUUGCAGAUUGAGAGAAUCUAUGAGCACAUAAUGCCUGCUUGGAAGAAGCUCUUCGAGAAGAAGCAGCUGUAAAAGUGUCUUCUCUUGCCUUUAUAUAUACACAUAUAUAUAUAUAUAGAUUUAGCAGACUAUACAUAUAUAUACAUAUAAAGUCAAUAA